UUACCUACCCAUUCGCCUUAAUCAGUCUCUUUCUUGCAGGACUGGGUGAAGGCCAACAUGAAUUCGGAGUACGCUUGGCUUGGCCUGUGGCGAGUUGAUGACAUAAACUGGAGGUGGAGUGACGGGACACUUUACUUUAGAGCCGGAACGCUUUGGAAUAAAUUCCAGCCGAGCAAAGACGGGACGCUAGGAUGUUGUUUUCUAAUGCGAUCUGAGAUGUUGUAUUCCACUGAAUGUCGAACCCGCAUCCAGUACGUCUGCAAGCGUCGCUUGGACGAGACUCCUGUUACUAUUCCCGAAUGUCCUGCAGCUAUUCCCGAAUGUCCUGCAGCAACUAUUCUCAAAUGUCCUGAUGUAACUUGCCCCAUUAUUCCCCCAUGUCCCCCAUGUCCUAAUCUUACCCUUCCCACAAUUCCUGCUCCUACUACCUGUCCUCCGAGUCCCCCUGCUACGACCUGUCCUCCGUGUACCACUCCUACCGUUGCCCUUCUUCUUCCUGCUGACCCUUCUCCUACCACGCAAACAUCGACCAAUUGGGAACUUGUCACCUGUGGGAGCCCCACCGGUCAACCGUCGUGUUCUUCCCGUAACGUCACAUGCUCGUGCCUGCUGGCCAUGGUUGCUAACCCGAAAGGCGGAUUCCAAGCGGCCAUGGAUGAAGGCCUUGCCGUGGGCCGCAGCAUCGUUAUCAGAGGGCGAGCCAAGACCAACGUCACCAGGUUCUUAUUCAACCUGAAUGUGCACAAGGAUGGCGACGGCGAGGACGACGGCGACGACGGCGAGGACGACGGCGACGACGGCGACGAUGGCGGCGGCGACAGCGGCAACAAAAUCACGACGGGGCUGCACCUCAAAUUUGACUUGGCAAAACAAAUGGUCUUGCUCAACUCCAAAGUGGCCGGCACUUGGGGCAACAAGCAGACCAAGAACUUACCCCAACACCGCCCUUUUGGUCCCGGACAUGCCUUCAAGAUUGUCAUCAAGUGUGAGGUUGACGCUUUCAACAUAACCUUCAACGACGACCUCCAGCUGGACCUCAAAUAUGCUGUUAGCGACCUGCAAAGCAUCAACUGGCUGGAGGGGUGGCAGGUGAUGCUGACCAGCGUCCAACUGGUGUGACGGCGCUUCCUGUCGGGCCGUCAUCGUGCCAACAGCAAUGAUCUCAAAAGCAUUUCUUUCAGUCCACCUUCUGAUAUCCAAUGUUUAGGCUAGCCAUGCAAUGAUAAGAAGCGGCGUCGGCACAGUCAGAGGCGCAGUGAAACACACGGGAGUCGCAAUUUGUCCCAUGUAGUACAUUACGUACUGAAUCAAAUCAUUAUUUUACUGGAGUUACUUGGAAGAAAGUCUUUGCUUUACUUUACACAUGCUUGGGCCUGGAGAGCUUUGUUCUUUUGGUUUCAAUGAUACACCUAUGUUCAAUAAAAGGUUUUCUUGCAAAUUG